AAAACCCGAAAGGCCUAUUAAUUUUCCCUGUAAUUUACUUCUCUCUAUUUUGCUCGAGACUUAUCCGAAUCUGUAAAGGGUCUCUCUCAAAACCCUAAUUUUUCAGAUCUGAGCAUCCAAGUUUGGUGAUUUGAGCAAGGUUGUCUUUUUCUCAGCAAAGUUUCAUGUCUGAUCUCGACCUCCAAGUUCCCGCUGCUUUUGAUCCCUUUGCUGAGGCAAAUGCUGAUAAUUCUGGAGCUGGGACAAAAGAUUAUGUACACAUUCGCAUACAACAAAGAAAUGGUCGGAAAAGCCUGACAACUGUGCAAGGAUUGAAGAAAGAAUUCAGCUACAAUAAAAUACUAAAGGACCUUAAGAAAGAGUUUUGCUGCAAUGGUACUGUUGUGCAGGAUCCAGAACUAGGGCAGGUUAUUCAACUCCAGGGUGAUCAGAGGAAGAACGUUUCUACAUUUCUUGUCCAGGCUGGAAUCGUGAAGAAAGAAUACAUCAAAAUUCAUGGUUUCUGAUUCCCUUCAUCAAUCAUCGUGCAGUUCUUAUAUUUGUCGUGUCAGUGCAGAAAAUGCUAUCCUCAGUGAAGUUAUAAUAAAGUUUACUAGUGAUUUAUCCAUCUCAAAGAAAAAAGAAAAAGGGACUUACUAGUGUUAGCUUUCUGCUGGUUUGAUUUAUAGUACUUUGUCGAUUGUCGACUACUCUGCAUAGUAGCUAUGGAUGAUGUUAUAUUUUCCGGAACAAUCGUUGUGUGUGCAAAUAGAACUUUGUGCUUUAUUAUCUUUCAGUUGUUGCUUA